AUGGUUUUUAGCCCAAAUACUCCAUUGCAUCUCCAAGGAUUUCUCCAGGAUGAUGUUCACGUCGAGCAGAAUUAUCAGUCAAAUCGCUAUCUUGGUCUUCCAGUUGAUGUUACUCAUCAUCGUAGUAGUAUAUUCUCUAACCUUUUGCAGCGAAUACAACGGAGAAUAACCGCUUAUAAGGUUGACUCGUUGUCAAUUGUGGGUAGGGUGGUGUUAGCACGGCAUGUGCUUUCCUCACUCCCUACUAUGGUUGCCUUCAAACUUCCAGUUUCUACUUCUCGGGCAAUUGAUAAAACUUUAGCGCGGUUUAUUUGGAAUGGUGAUCGGGAUGGCCGUCAGCUUCAUUGGAAGGCAUGGUCGACAGUUUGCAAAUCUCGAUUCCAUGGGGGCCUUGGUAUGCGUUCCUCUGAAGCGAUGAAUCAGGCACUCCUUGCUCUCAUUGCAUGGAGGAUGUUGAGGCAUCCAGAUGCUCUACUUUCUCGAUUUUAUGCUGCACGAUAUUGUCGGCAAUAUGACCUCCUCUCAGUUCAGCCAGGAAAGAAUGCCACUUGGGGUUGGCGCGGAGUCCUAUGGGGUAGAGAUUUACUGAAAACGGGUCUAAAAUGGCAAGUUGCGAAUGGUGAACGGAUCCCAAUUUCUGCAAACUGGAUUCCUAAUUCACCUAAUCCACUUGCUUUCUGCACUUGGCAGGCUAUUUCUCCUCCCAUGGUAUCUAGCCUUAUUGAUGUUAACAGGGAAUGGUGUAUUCCUUCCUUGCGAGCACUGUUCCCGGAUCAUAUUGUCCACCAAAUCCUAAGUAUCUAUCUCCCUUCGCCUGGCUCUCUGCAUAAAGAUAGACAAUUUUGGGCUCUUGAUUCCAGUGGAGAAUACACAGUCCGGUCAGCUUUAUCUCAUCGUGGUCUCUCUUCGGUUGCCCGAUGUGUUCGCUGUGGUUUGAAGGGCGAAACAACAAGCCACAUGCUCCUGGAUUGUGAUGACCCUCGCCUUAUUUGGCGAUUAUCUUCCCUGGGAUUUGACUUUACUUCUGGGACUGCUUGUUCAUUUGCUGAUUGGUUUGUUGAUUGGAUGGAGCAUGCUCUUGUUGAUGACGUUCGCUCCCAGUCCUUAUUCCUUCUGUGGGAAAUAUGGAAAGAUCGUAAUUGUCAUGUCUUUAGCGAGGCCGACUUACCUCCUCCCCAUGAGAUGGUCGCCCGAGCCCUUUGGCAGUAUCAGUCUUAUUCUCCUUGUCCAUCAUCAAUUCCUCUCGAUUCAGGAGGCAGUAUAGUUCUGGAUCAGGUGGGUUUGUAUGUACAAUUCCCUUGUUUGCAGGUAAUGGUGCCUUCUCCUUGUCUUCCUGCAUGGGCCGCGCUGGAUGGGUGUUUUUAUCACCUGGAAGAGAGGUGCUUUACUCAAGUAGUUGUUCCUUUCCAGCGAAUUCUCCUCUGCAUGCUGAAGCCUAUGCAUGCCUUGUUGCACUAUCUAUAG